AACAAUAGAGGGAGACUCAAAAAAUAAUGAAUGAUUUGUUUACUAAACAAGACUAACAGCUGUAAAGUUUGCAAACUUGUGAUCGGACAAUUUCAUCAUGUUUGGACAGAGGAUUGUUUCGAAUCCGAUUAUUUUUAAAGCUCUACAGUCAAGAUUUUACGCAUCAACUGGUUGGAAAGUAACGAAGGGUAAAGAUGUUGCGAGGUAUUCAGCUGCUGCUGCAAUCGGUUUUCUUGGACUAACUUUCGCUUCUGUCCCUUUAUAUCGGAUAUAUUGUCAAACUACUGGUCAGGCUGGUCAACAAGGGUUCGUUGGGUCGACUGUUGAUCAAGUUGAAAAGAUGAAGAUUGACAAAAGUCGUAGACUGAGGGUAUCAUUUGUUGCUGAUGCCACCAAUGAUCUUCAAUGGGAAUUUAAACCGAUUCAACAUUCAAUUGAGGUCAGUCCUGGGGAGACAACAUUAGCAUUUUUUACAGCCAAAAACCCUCUUAAAGAAGCAGUUAUCGGAAUAGCAACUUAUACUGUUCUGCCGUUCGAAGCUGCUAAAUAUCUCAAUAAAAUUCAAUGUUUUUGCUUCGAAGAGCAAAGGUUGAAUGCUGGUGAAGAGGUCGACUUACCUGUCUUUUUCUAUAUCGAUCCGGCAUAUAAUGAUGACGCUAGAUUGGAUACAGUUAGUGAAAUUAUAUUGUCUUACACAUUUUUUGUAGCUAAAGAAGGGAUUAAAUUGCCAAUUAUCGGUCAAAUGAACCCUUUACCGACUUGAUUUCCUUCUGACUUGACUUCGUUUUGCUCGAUUGUAAUUUGGAAACUUUAAAUAUUGUAAAUUUAAUCUAUUGAAAUUAAAAUUAACCAUAAUUUCGCAAUCGUUUCA